AUGGCUGAACUGUUUCUGGGAGAGAUCCCAAAACAAGUGUGGAGUUGGACCGUUCUCUGUGGCCAUUUUGUGUUCAAAUUUGGGGUAUUUAAAUGUGAGCUGGACUUUGGAUACUUCAUUUUUGGUAAGAAGAUAAGGUAGGAUCUUGGGGGUAUCUGGUGAUCGAAGUCGGAGUUGGACGAUUAGGGAAAAGUACGAUUGGGGAAACCGAAAAGUUAGUAUUUUCACCUCGUACUGCAUAGUAUCAGAUAGUACUAUUUAGUGCUAGAGGAAAAGUUAACAUGAUUUUCGAGACCAGCAACUUCGAAAACCCCUAAAUCCAGUAUUUUUGGAAAAUUUUUAAAAAACUACUAUUUAACAGUACUACUAAAGAAAAAAAUAACAACCAGAAAAAAAUGAACAUGAUUUUCGAAAUCAGCACCCUCGAAAACCCCUAAAUCCAGUAUUUAUGAAAAACAUUCAAAAAUUACUAUUUUACAGUACUACUUAAGGAAAAAAGUAGAGAUCAAAAACUGAGUGUCAUUUUUGAAAUUUUAGCACCCUCGAUUAUCCUAACUUCGACAUUUACAUGGAAGAAAAAUAAUAUUUUUCGGUUUCCCCAAUCGUCUUUUCUCCAAUCGUCCCAGUUCCGAUCGAAAUGGUUGAAAUUCUUAGAUUAUGGGGUCUUCCUCACGAGCCUGAACAUUUUUACGGUAGUUGGGAAGCUGUUGAGCAAAUAUUCGUAUCCGCAAUACAAAAAGUGUAUCUUCGUUUGUCCUACAUUUGUUGAUGCUCUCAUAUAUGGUAGAUCUAAAGACCUUUUCAAAUGCCAUUUUUAAAUUUUUUUGAGCUUACUGGUACCGUAUCUGCUCUCAAUGCUCUUUCGUAUGACAUAGGUUACGUAUAUAUAGGUUCCGUUAAGAUACCUGCUCUCAAGUACUUGCCGAUCCCUCGUGUUAUGAGUAUGCUUUUGUACAAGAGUACAACAUUUAUUAUACAAUACAACCUGUUUCAAAAUGGUAAGAACCACUACAAAACCUGCAAUUGCGUUGUCGGAGUUCACUUGACGGACACGAAACAUUUACAGAUUGAAGGAGGAAGUUUGAAAACAUUAAUCAAAAAAAAAAAAUUUUUCUUAUUGCACUUUAAUUGCACUUGAAACGCGACAUUUCCCAAAAUUUUUGGGCGUUUCAAAAUGGUAUGUAGGAACCUUUGCUAUUUUUGCUAUAAAACGUGCGAAUAUGGAUCCCAUGGUGAUUGAAAUUAUAUAAAUAUGACUGUACUAUAAGUGACUUGACUUUAUCGAGUUUAAAGUGCCCAGACUUGCAGGAAAUUUUCGCGGAAAUGCGCAUAUUAGUCGAGACCAAAAUUCCCGAUAAUUUUAGAUUCAGUCAGUUUUGACUGAUUUGCAAUAAAAAAGUGCGAGAGAAAUGCAUCCAGGAGUGGCUCCGCUGCUCCAGGCCCAACUUUUUUUUUGGUUUACUUUAACUACCUUACGUUUCGGAACAAGUUAUAUACAGUAGUGUAUGUAUAGAGAAAAUCAAUGAUUGCGAUUUGCAAAUUUUAUAGCGGUUACUGUAAUUUUGAAAUACGUUUAUCAUCCGUACAAACGAUAGAAUUGUGCAAAUCCAAUUUUUGCAGUGCUCCCUCUUUACGAAAUCUCUCAUUCUUCUAUUUUAAUAUUCGUACAAUACAGCCCGCACAAUUGUCCAAACGCAUUCAAUUCUCAGUAAAAUUAGCAGCGUAACUCUAUCCUUUCUUUUGUAUCUCUGUGACCGAACUCAGGAUUCGAUGUAUUGUAGUAAUAUUAUGGUGAUCUAAUCUGCUGAUUUAUUGGUGGUCAUUGAAGACGUUUAGAGUGGUAAACUUUGUAACUUUGGUGUGUUCUAAAUUCUAGAAUAUACCGGCCUUAAAAUCUUAAUGGGUUCCAUAAAGUAUGAUCAAAAAAAAUCUCGUAUUUCUUAUGAAUUGUCAUCUUUAUUUGGCCAAGCUGUAUCACAAUCGGCCUUUUGGUAUUUGAGUAUUUCAAAUUUAAACCAAAAAUUCAUCUUUAGUCCGAACUUUACUGUCGUCUAUCACUUCCUUUCACCAAUAACACCCUCUAUUUUUCAUACCUAAAUCUCACGCCUUCUUAUUCUCCAUUUGAGGAAACUAUUCAGGGAACUCAAUUUCCUGAACGCCCUCACUCAACAUUCUCUUCCAAUAUAUUUCCCUUUUAAUAUUUGAACCGGUUUCUUGAGAACCCGUGAAUUCAAUUGUGUAGGCAUACUGUCCGCUAAAAGUUAAUCAUGUUAUGGCAGCCGUCAGACUGCGUAAGUGUUGGUUAUUUUUUUGAACUUAGUACAUACAUCAAGAGCUAAAGUUCAAGAAAGUGAACACAAAACAAGUCCCCGACAGACGUGGCUAUACGCUGAAACGGGAUUUUUUGAUUUUUUUCAUUGUUUGUAAGCUUCCUUAUAAGUUAUUGUAAUAGUUUUAUGUAGACUGAAAUUUGUAAAACAACAUGUUAGUAUACUCAUAUGCAGUUUCUUCUUUGUGAAUUUUUGAUCAUUUUUAAACUGAGCUCGUUUUUACCAGAUACGAUGUUCUGCUGAGAAAUCGCGCAAACUCAUGUACGUACAGUUUUCAAAGGCACACCCAUGUUUAAAGUUUCUUUGAGUUGACAAAAUUUGGGAUUUUUAAUCUGUUUUUUGGGGUGUUGGCAAUUUUGCUUGAAAUGGCAACGUUUACACUUAUAAUCUUGUUUAUAUUAGCUUCUGUCCUAUGCAUACAGCACCUCUGCCCUUCCGUCUAUAAUACGAAUCCAUUUUUCUCGAGAAUUAUUAAGGAACUACAUAUAAUUUUUAUUACAUUUAACUCUGCACCUCUUGUUCAGAGUUCUGUUAUUACGUAUAAAACCUGCCUCAUGAUAUAAACUUUUUUCAAAAAGUUUUGUAUUAUUUCAAAAAUUCAUUGUUUUUGAAGUAAUAUUGUCCAAAUACAAAACAAACUACACUCUCCAGCGUAGUUUUUUGAACCGUAUUUUACGUUUACAAUUCCUAUUCCUUUUGUUCUUUGCGUGUUGGGAAAUGUUCCCGAUUAAUUUAGCGUCAUUCUUUGGAAAUAUGAAAAUUGAAUUACUGUCUGAGUAAUGGUUCGUUUUCAGUGUCAAAAUCGGGGCAGUUGUUGUGGCACAUGCCGUAUACGGAGAAUGAACAGUUCUGGACGGGCAUUGCGUACACAAUUCCAUGUCUUCUGACGAUUCCUUUCCAUUUUUUGGUGUUAUUUGUAAGUUUGUCAUCAUUUUUGAUAACGGGUAAAUUCUUGCUAAAAGUGCGGCUGUCAAUAAAUCAGGCAAGGGCACAAUAUAGGUCAGUUAUUAUGGCUAUUACAACAAUUUUUUCCGCGCAAGAUUGGCAAUUUUAUGGCCGAAAAAGUUGAUUCUUUCUCUGACCGCUCUCCACAUUGUGCGCACUCUUUCUUCGACAAAGGCCGUUGAAUAUCUCAGCGGUUUCUACAAAAUUUAUUUUCUCAAAAGUUGAAAUGUGCCUAGCCCCAACAUGUGUUCAAACUUUUUCAAAAUCUGUGCGUUGCACUUUUUACAACUUUCUCGGAAUAAUAUAGAUUUCUGUCCAAAAUUAAGGUUUUUUUGAAAAGGUAAUUGUGUAUUUCAGGCUUUACUCCGGAUCCCUCAGUUGCGAAGAAGAGCCGCGCUCAGGAUGAUGAUAUCGCUGACAGUUUGUGAACUUCUUCAGACCAUUUUUCUAGCGUUUGGAGGAACUUAUUUGAUUUUGGGAGUGGAAAUGAAUCCCAUUCUCAACUUUGUAAGUCUAUAUACAACUAUCUAUUUUACAAACUUGGAAACUUCUGGAGCUUUUUAUUAGAGGACCCAAUCAAAAAAUGAAGCUUUUAUCUGGCUGAUAGUGAGAUUUUUUGGCCUAAUGUAAGAUUCUUAGCGGUCUAGCUACAGUUUCCGGAACAUUACAGUCGAUUACAAAGGCUGAAAAUUUUUUGUCAGCCUCGAUAUUUGAUGUAUUCUAAAAAUGGAGCCCUAAAUUUAGUAUUUUUCAGAUUCACAGCAUGAUCCUCGAAGCCAGUUGGGCAGCGUUGUUAAUCAUGCAUCCACUGUUUGUUCUAGAACGCCUUUGGUUUAUCCGAAGCAAUAUGAUCAAGGUGGAGAAGGCUCCGAAAUAUUUCUUCGAUGUAGGUAGAGAAGAACACCUGGACUUUGCGUAUUUUACCCUUGCUUUCUCAAAAGUCAUCAUUUUUCAGCCGGUUCUCGCGGUCUGUUGGGUUGGUGGUAUCUUGUAUACAGUUGGCUACCAACUCGGCGGCGACCAAUUUCAUCUGCAGCUGGACGAAUGCGGAUGGGUUUCGGUGGGAAAUGCAGCCAACAGCGUCAUAAUUCACGUCUUGUACUACUGUAAAAUGGCUCAAUUGGGGAUUGGGGUGGUCGCAACGAUCGCCAUGUUCGUCUUGAUGGUUAUUAGAGUAAACAGUGGUUAUUAUGGUUGAUUUUAUGAUAUUUGGAAAGAAUAGAGACUAAUUUUGAUCAGAUUUUUUUUAUGUUCUUUUUCGUGAACUUAUAUGCAAGUCUCAUUACUAAAAAAAUUUUUUUUGUCAUACCAUAUUUUGUGUAUACUAUAUUAUAUAAAUCAUAAUUUUUUCAGCGCCGUCGAGGGCUUGAUCAAUCCAAAAUCAAGGCCUAUGAACUCCGCUAUCUUAUUCAAAACACGGUUCAAUUUGUGAUGAUCAUCUUCAACAUGUACGGCUACCAUUUUAUCCCCGCCAGUGUCCCAUAUCAAGCGCAGGUGAUCAAUCUGGAAUGGGUGAUCAUUGUUAUUCAUCCGGCCUUUAUCACUAUUUUGGUGAAUCGGUAAGUAAUGCAAGAAAAUGAAAAAAUAUACACCAUUCUUUAUGAUGAGAAUUUAUUUCGGACUAAACGUUUCUGCGUAAAUUGAAAUUUCAAUAGAAUUUUCCUCUAACUUUAUUAUUGCUAUUCCAGGGAAAUUCGAAUUUCCAUGCACAACAUGUUCCAUAAGGGCAGUGAGAUCUCGAGAACUCCCAUCCAACUUACAGCUACUGUAAUAGGUUUAAAUAAAAGCACCAAAGUCCACACAAUUGAGAUCAAAAAGUACAGAAAGACUUAUUUUUACUAG